ACGCGUUUUGCCUUUUGUGCGAAGCAGAGGAGGAGAGUGGAGUCCGAUCGAAAAGCGGCGUCGCUUCCCUCUUCCCCAGAUCCUUUUAAAACUCCCUCCCGAACCUCUCCCCUUCUACCCUUGCCACCCUACCCACCCCCUGAACACACUUCCAGGGACGGUUCCGACGUUCAGCCAGUGACCAAAGACUCACUUUGUUGGCCAGUGUUGAGAGCGCGUGCGAGUGUGUGUUGGAUUCAGCUGCAGCAAUGGACUCCAGUUUGGUUGAAGGAGGACUUAAUGUCACCUUAACCAUCAGGCUACUCAUGCAUGGGAAGGAGGUUGGAAGCAUUAUUGGCAAGAAAGGCGAGUCUGUUAAAAAGAUGAGAGAGGAGAGUGGUGCACGUAUCAACAUCUCAGAGGGGAACUGCCCAGAGAGGAUCAUAACUCUCGCGGGACCUACCACCUCCAUCUUUAAAGCCUUUUCCAUGAUCAUAGAGAAACUGGAGGAGGACAUCAGCACUUCGAUGACUAACAGUACGGCCACCAGCAAACCACCAGUCACCAUGCGCCUCGUUGUACCCGCCAGCCAGUGCGGCUCACUCAUUGGCAAAGGUGGCUGCAAGAUCAAAGAAAUCAGAGAGUCUGCAGGAGCUCAGGUACAAGUAGCAGGGGACAUGUUACCCAACUCAACAGAGCGUGCCAUCACCGUUGCAGGGACUCCACAGUCCAUUAUUGAGUGUGUCAAGCAGAUCUGCAUUGUCAUGCUUGAGUCUCCACCAAAAGGAGUGACCAUCCCAUACAGACCCAAACCCUCAGGGUCUCCUGUCAUCUUUGCAGGUGGUCAGGCUUACGCUGUCCAAGGGCAGCACGCCAUUCCACAGCCUGAUGUAAGUGAAGGGCCCUCUCUCACCAAACUUCACCAGCUGGCCAUGCAGCAGAGCCCCUUCCCCAUUGCACACAGCAACCAGGGCUUCCAGGCUGGGAUGGAUGCCUCUGCACAAACUGGCUCUCAUGAGCUGACCAUUCCAAACGAUCUCAUUGGCUGCAUCAUUGGCCGUCAGGGCGCAAAGAUCAAUGAGAUCCGUCAGAUGUCAGGGGCUCAGAUCAAGAUUGCCAACCCUGUGGAGGGCUCAACUGACAGACAGGUCACCAUUACUGGCUCCCACGCCAGUAUCAGCCUGGCUGAGUACCUGAUCAAUGCCCGGCUGUCAUCUGAAGCUACUGGACUCGCAGCCAACUGACAUGGAGGAUCUUCAUCAGCACCUAACGUAACCCCUCCCCCUACUUUUUACCAAGAGGUCCCUUAUUGAACUUAAUGCAAAAACCAAGUACUAUAAACUCACUGUUUUCUCCUCUGCUUUGGUUAGACACCUACUCAGUUGUAAUUACACCAUUAUCAUGAUAUUGGUAUUUUAUUUAUUUAUUAUGUUUUUAAAUUCCCUUUGCAUAUAGUUUUUAAGGAUUCCUUCUGUUGUAUUUUUCCCUCUUAUUUUGCUGUAUAUCUGUAUGAUCUUCUUGAUAUACUGUAGGUAAAAUUUUAGAAAAAUCUGAAAAGGCAUAAAUAAUGUUUUUCUUAUGUCAGAUUUUUCUUAGAAAAUGUAAAAAUGAAGAAAAAAAACACACAAUAACAUUAUAGAUGGACUGUUCUUUCCCUUCCUUUUAAAUAUCUAUUUAUUUUUAUUUAAUACACAGCUCCUCGAAUGAGUAGAAUUUGUUGGUAUUUGCCAUCUUCUGUUUGAGGCUGUACUUCCUGAAUGAGGCAUUGUGGGUUUAACGGGUCUCACUGGGUCUAAGUGAUCUCCAGCUGAAGGUGUAUGCAGGGAAAACCUUUUAGUCCGAAGGUAAUUUACCCCUUGUCUAGUGCGGGUUCAGAUGAGAAUUUUUUAAGCUACAUCGUGUCUCACCUCUAAUUUGCUGAGUAAUUAUUUUGUGUCAUUCCUGUAUUUCCAUCCGUUUUAUUUCUUGACCAGAGGCCUGCACUACGAAGCGGGAUUUGUGGUUAGCGUCAUAACGUCAGGUAAUCUUGGGAUCUGAAGGUUACACAGUGUUUCAGUUCCUUAAUGGGGCACAUUGCAGAGAUAACUUGGACUGCACACAUGCAUGAGGUAACAGAUCAGCAUGUAUAAAAGCAUCAACUGGCCAAUCAGUUUUGAGUAAUUAACUGGUUUUAGAAGAUACUUUUGGGUAGACUGGAUCCUAUGAUGUAAGAGAUGGUCUAACCUCAGUAGCAUUUUCUGACGAGUGCAGCGUGCAUACCGGUUUGAAUCAUGUUUUUCUGUUCGUGCUUUACAUCAGCAGUCCCCAACCUUUUUUGCGCCACGGACCGGUUUAUGGCCGACAAUAUUUUCGCGGACCGGCCUUUAAGGUGUCGCGGAUAAAUACAACAAAA